AGACAUUUGCAAAGUUGACUCAUAUUAUUUCUUGCGAAACAAUCUCCAUUUGAAUAUUUGUGCGUGCAUUUUGUCAUCUUGUGUGGUAUCGAAAGCACCUCGACGACAAAUCGUACAGCUUCUGUUGUGUUUUUGUAAAAAGAUGAGUAGUUCUAUACUCGUGAAUGGGAAUCAGAGAUCAGAACUGGUAAUAUUCGUAUCUAAAGAAAAAAGGCAUGGAUCCAUAAUGGCUUCUGUUCCAGCAAACAAGGAAAAUGUCUCUCCGGAGAAAGAAAUCGAGUGUUUGUCAGACAGUUUUGAAAAGAACCUUUCGAUGAUUUCGAGCCACAAAGAAAAUGAUGGACGCUAUUUUCUGGACUUAGUAGAGAAAGAAACCGAGCGAUUUACGCGACUUUGUCACAUAGCAGAACAGGAAAUGACGGCAAAUACAAUUCCCGAAGAUGGUAAGUCUAUUUUUGGAGAUGAAUGGUUACAAAUAUGUACAGUGAAUAAAACAUACUUCGCUCGCAGACGUGAUGAUUCGUCUGCCCAAUUAUUGUAGUUCGAUUUUAGAACCCAUUAAUGGGGAAGACCUCUCAAGUCAAGUUAAUGAAAUUUAACUUCCAUGUUUAUCAUGUGUACUUUCAUUUUAACACCAGUGGUUAUUUCCUAUGUCUGUGGUAAUAACCCUGGCUAGUGUGGGGGUGGGAGGGUAGCCUUAUAAUCCUUUCAAAGCAAAAAAGAAAUUCAUAGACCAACAGCAUAUUUCAGUCUUCUCAUUUAAUGUAUUAGGGCAUUAACAGAAUGUACAUUCAUAUAAUUAUGUUCCAAAAACAUGGACAUUUUCUCGUCCGUGGUUAUAUUUUAUUCACUCUUUGAAGGCCUUAGGGGAUAUUAACCAUGCUUAUUUUAGUGCAUGACUUGGAUGGAGACAGGAGCAUAUCCUGCCGUAGAUAUUGCUUCUCAAUACAGCUGUGUAAGUCUAAGUUUCUACUGGAUGAAAGAAAAUGAGCACAUUUAGUCAGCUGUUUUGCCUGGCUCUGAUCCACACCCUAAUUUCUUGCCAGAGUUCCAACUGGGAAUGUUUACUGCUGUUUGUUGUUGUUUUGCAUUUGUUAAAAGCCUUUGUUUUUGCUAGUGUGGUCUUAAAUUUUACGCACAAAUAAAGAAGGGAAAUCGGCAAUAGAUUUAUGGAAAUCACUUUCAUCAACACGUUCUUCUUCUAAAAACUGUUUUUUGGACUGAAAUAUAGAAAAUUCAACCAAAAAUUGAAACAAACAUUUCAUACAUGUGUUUUUACUCUGCUUAAAUGCUUGAGGGAUUCAGCCGUGUAACCAACUUUUUACAUGAAAAACAUCAGUGCAUCGUAGUAAGGAAAUUAGAAUAUUAUGAGCUCUUGGUACUCUUUUUGUGCAUACUUAAGCAGCCAGUAACAAGCAUAGUAUAUUUGAAAGAAUGGUUUGCAACAUUUUUGGCUCAAAAACCACUUUUUGGUAAAAUUAUCGAAAAUACCAAGAACCAAACUUAAUGAAACAUUUUUCAAAGCUAACUCUAGAAAUUAAACUAAAUGAUACAAGUACAUGUAUUAUUGAGAACAUGUUCAUUUAUGACCUUGGGAAAAUUUAUAUACUCGAUGUUUAUUCUCUCUGAUUGCAAAAUAGACGUUUCCAUUUUGUUAAGAUUUUAAUCACAUUUCUUGAGGUCUUUCAGUGUUUACUUCCUCUAUAUAAUUAUUAUGAACUACUGAUCAGCAGAGCAUGAUAAUCAAUAACUCCUCUUAUACUGAUAAAUAUGACUUUUCCCACCAAGAAUCUAUAAAUAACUUUAUAAUCAGUUAUAGACAAGUUCUUGAGAAAGUGACAAAACCUUAAGUUCUAUCUGCCAGGUAGGCAUAGUAUUUUUCUACAAGGUGACCCAUGCUCACUUUAUUAUCAUCAGCCAGACUGUGCCUGAUGGAAAUGGUCGUGCUUUUCCGUCAAAUGAAUCUUUAGAAGACAGUUUCUAAACCUACUUCUUAAACAACUGAUAUGAAGAAAAAUCGAUUGCUGUUUAUCUAAUGGACACAAAAAUGGAAAAUUGAAACCCAAUGGAGUGCUUGCAGUAUAGAAAGAAAAAUGUUUUACCAGACAUUGGUAAUCACUUUGUGUUUUGUUAUUACAGGUUUGUUAUGGCUUAAAUUUUGUUUUGGUUUUAAAAUGUUAUAAACCAGUUUUAUGAUCUCUUUCCUCGGUCAUAGACUGAAACAAAGGAACAUUUGAGAACUAAAGGGCUGUGAAAAUUUUUAAACAAAGUUAUCACUAUCCAUAGUAUUCAAGGUCAUUUUAAGGCAUUGGCUGUGGAAGUUUUGCAAUGAUCCAGUGUGUUUUAUAUCUAUCAGUUUCAAAUGGAUUAAUGACAAAAAAUUUUCUCUUUAUUAGUCCUUGCUUGCUUUAGCUGCAAGCUAUAAAAAUGCAACUUUUUUUCUUUUGUGUGUGUGCUCCAAAAAGGGGGGCGGAGUCAUGAUCCCAGGUUUUCCUAGCGGAGACCGAGGAAACUAGAGAUAAGAAUCACAACAUGUCAUAGCACAUGUAUAUUUUGUGAAGAAACUUAGCGUAGGAGAGAUUUAUGCGAAAGAUGUGUCGAAUUUUUUCAGAACUGCUCGGUCCACAAAUUAUAUCGCUUUUAGCGUUGAUUACUUUGGAACAAGUGAAUACUUCAGUGGUUGAAAAGAAAAGAGUCUUUACUGAGUGAGCAAAACUUUGAUGGAGAGGCUAACUGGCCGCGUGUUGUAAGCUUUUAUUGUAUACAAAUGAUUCUUGUGAUGAGCAUGCGGUUUAUUUUUCGGCGCUGAUUGAAAUGACUCACCAUGUUCAUCACGUUUUUGCUCUCUGGCAAUGAUGUUUUUUCUCUCAAAUCGAGGCCCUUAAUUUCAUGUAUUUAUACACGUGUACGCAAUUAAUUCAGAAACAAAUUGUCAAAUACAGUAUAAAAAGUAAAUAUCCUGAAGAAUACUCAACCGUCGAUAAAGUAGGAGUGAAAAACUUUUGAUGAGGAAAUCUUUCUUCUCGUAGAAUUAAUCACCUCCUCAUUUCUUAUCUAAUCUCCAAGCAAGCAAUAUUUAAUGCAUUUAAGGGCAUUCUUGGUAGUUUUUAGGACCUGUGUAUUUUUUAAUAAGUUGACUUCUGAUUCAUGUUCAGUCUUAUAUUUUUUCUAGAUGUGUGGAAGCAAUUUUUAUUGUUUCUCUAAAAUAAUUUGCCAUUUCAUUAUACUUUGGACCCAUUUUCAACUAGAAGUUUAGAGCUUAAUUUUGCAGUGUGCUCAUGUCAUAAUUAAGUGGAAUACGAACUGUUGACGCUGAAGAUGACUACCGCACAGGUCAAAAUGUCAGUCAAAUUCAACAGCAGUCCUGUACAGGACUAUAGCAACCCAGAUAAUCAUCGUGUUCAAUGAAGAGCCAAAGCUGUGAAGUUGCUGAAAUUUGAUCAAAUGGGGCACGUUCCCUGUCAAAGAAAGUCAAAUUAAUAUUGAGAGCCGUGCAGGUUUUCAGAACAAUCCAGUUCAUUAAUAUUUUUGUAGUUAUUAAUAAGUGCCAUACAGCCAUUUAUGCAGUGGUGAAAAACAUAAUGAUUUGUUUAUGGUGGAAGUGCAGUUAGCUUUAAUUCCAGCUAGUGUUUAGAUAAAGACCACUCAAAUAAUUAAAAACAAUUAGUCCAGACAGAACAAAACAGGAUUAAAAGCUCCAACUGGCAGGAUGCAACCAGUAGGCUAUGGACAUGUGCAAGCAUUUUCAAAGAUUUGAACUCAAGAUGUUAUCCCAAAACAAAUGUAGCUAGUGGUCAGAGUAGAACUCCAAUCUGAGACCACUAGAGAGGCCUUCCAAGGGGUAAAAGCGACAUGCGACACGGCCCUGAAAACUGGCGACAUGGGAAUUUUUAAAAAGCGAGAAGUGACAUGCCUACGCUGCUAAAAUGCGACAGCGACAUACUAAACAGUGAAAAACGACGGUGACAUUGGAAAGUUGUGCAUUUUAUCAAUAAAAGUGACUCAGAAUACAGGAAAUUGCAUUUCUGAGGGUUCAGAUUUUCCAAAUUUUCCCGCAGCCUUAAAGAAGAAGAAGAAGCGUUCAUCCUUCGCCGCUCACAAAGUUUUGCCAACUGACCACCAUGAAAAUCCUGUUAUAGCCCUGUUGUGAAACAGUUUCUCGCAAAACAAAAAUUACUGGUACAGUUAUGUACACUUCAAAAAACGACAGCGACAUUUGCAGCUGUAGAUUAGGCGACAACGGUCUCCUAAAGCAAGCGACAUUGCGACACAGCUACCCCCCUUGGAAGGCCUCACUAGAUUGUGAAUAUGCGUGUUGACCAAUUGGCCAUUUUGUGGAGUCUUUUUUGGAUUUCUGGUGAUCACUGUAUAAUCAUGUUAACUUCUUUUGUCUUGUUUCCAUACGUGAUACACCUUUUUUCCUGCAAUCCUAUUGAUCCAAAAGCUUCAUGCACUGACUGUUGACUCCAGCCAUUCUCAAGUAAACCAUUGAAAAGAAUAUUAAGCCCACAGCAAUCGCAAGUUUAUUUCGAGAGUGCCUAGCUGCCACGAAAGAAUCCUUCUUGUAAGUUUUUGUAGGUUGAGUGCAGGAAAUGCUUAAGUUGAUUGUUUUAGGAGAGACUGCUUACUCAGUGAUUUUCAGGGAAUUAAAAAAAGGCAGGCUGUGUUUCAAAUAACAUCAUGUUUAUGGAUGUGAACCCAGGACUGUUUUAAUGGGUUAUCUGUCUGUUAUUAAUCCAACAAAAAGGGUUAAUUUGUUCUGUUCUUUGUCCAAUAUUAUUUAUGAUCAUGUUUGAUGUCCUGAAAAUAUAUAGUUUUACCAUAUUACACCAUAUAAUUAGUAUUUUUAAGGCGGGAGCCUCAAUGUGAGUUCUUGGAAUUUUUAUUAAAAUCAUUAAUUACUCAAGGCUUGUUCUUGACAUUUUUUUGAUAUCCUUAUGAUGCCAUGGAGAUAAGAGAAAUAAUAAUUAUUUCUCUAAUCUCUAUGGAAUCAUAAGGAUUAUUAUUACCAAUUUCCUGUUAGAGCUAUUAUUUUAUUUUACCCCCAAGACAGUUUUUGUGUAGCAGUAUUAGUUAAUGUUAAUGGCUCUUGCACAGUAAAAUAUAUUAAAGAGGUGCAAAUUCUAUUAUUUGUGACUUUGAUUUUUAAUUUUAUCAGAUUUCUAUGAGAUGAUCUAAAUGGACUUUUAGUAAAAUAUUCUUAAGGAUGCUGAAAUUAUCCUUUCAGGGGUGUGUUGUUUUUGGAGCUUGAUGUAGUCAUGUAAAACAGAACUGACCAUAGAUGACCAGAUAUUUAUUGCUUUUGCUGCCGUGCUUCUACUAUUAUUAAGAUACUACUUUUAAGUGGGCACUUUGUUGUGCCGCAAUCCACACACCCUCACAAUAUCCUACACCCUUCAUACACAUGCUUUUUUCCCAAGUAAAGGAGAUGUUUGUCAUGAUUAUGGCUCAAUCCGCUUAAACUCGGUGUUUUUAAAGUGUGCUUCUCUGCUCAAAUUUCAUUGGUGACUUGAAAAAGCAGUGCAAGAAAGAGCUGGGUAAAGAUUUUGUUGUCUUUCAUUUAUUUAGCCAUUGUUGAGAUGCCACUUCUAGGUGGAUACUGUAUCUACAGCAUUCAUUUACAUAGACUCACAAUAUUUUAAACAUGUCACCAGGGCACACCUCUUCCAAGGGGACUCUCAUUCAUUUCCUCAAGGGAAUGCACAUACAGGAUGUUCGUCUUCACAUAAUAUUUCAACUAUUAUUGUUCCCACUGAUUUAAAGAGAUAUGUAUGGCUAUCAUACUCUCUAUCAUUAAAUGGCAAUUCAUUUAAUAUUUUCUAAAUUUUUUUUAUAAAUUCAAUUUUUAAUCACACUGAAAUACUAUUCAAUUUCCUUAUUUAUUGUUGCUUCAUCCAGCUCUAAGUUAUUUUAACAAAGUCAAAAUAUUGGUUUAGUCUUCAAAACUCCAAGAGUAGCCACUCAUUUGAUAUUAUUUUAAUAUGUGCUUCUGAUGUUAGUUUUUAAAUAUACAGCCAUGUUAUUAUCAAUAUCAAUUUACUCCAGUAAUGAGUUUUAUUUUCAGCAAAAGCAGAAUGUAAGUUGUGCCUUUUUGUUCAUUACAGCUUGCGGUAAAAUCCGAGCAGCCACUGGAAAGGCAAUGCUCUUGGUGAAUAAAAAGUUCAAACAAUUUAAAGGACUCUGUGAUAUGAAUUUGGUGAGUUGCUGGCAAAAUAUUGUCUCUUUUACAUCAUCUUCCUUAGAUAGCGGCCUUACAUGGCCUAUAAACAGCGACAUAGCACAGGAUGAAAUGGUGACAAAGGACAUAAAAAUGGGUUGAUACCCACAGGGACUGCAUGGCCUACUCCUCAAAACUUGAAACAACGGCAUUUGAAAUUCAGACUUGCACCCUCUGCCCCCACAAAGGUGGCCUCUAUAUAUGGACUUAAAAUUAAAGGGACAGGUUCCCCAUUCAGUGCAUGCCCAUUAGUUAAAUUACUUUUUUAAAAAUUUAUCAUUAAUUCUAUCGGUUAAUAAUCCCACUCACAUGUAUCUCGGGGAUCUCAGAGUGUAUUUCAGAGUAAAAGUAUAUUUCAGAGUAACCUGAAGUAGGAUGGAGGAGUACUAAAAUGGAUUAUACCAACACUACCAAUGUUGAAUUUAUUAUUGGCGGGAAGGUUUUAUUCCAUAGUUGAUGAAUUUACAGUUUGAUUUAAGUUGAUCAAGUGACUGCCUGGGGAGUGUGCAGAUUGGUUCUUUGACAGUGUUAUGACAUGAUCAUAUUGCCUGCAUAGACAAUACAGCAUGUCCCAGCAGGAAACAGCAUUUUGAUUAAUGAGCAUGCACUGAACUGUGAAACCUUCCCUUUACAGUAGAUUUCACUUCUGUAGCAUGGAACAUGCUUGAAAACAUCAAUUGCAGAAAACUAGCCAUUUCUUUUUAUUGGGAAGGGGGGAGGGGUGGGAGAGGAAAGGAAAGUCCUGCCUCUUUUUACAGACCUACUAAGUAAAUGUUGUUCAUCCAUUCAGCAAUGUACAAAAAGUAAUAAGUUCUUUUAUAGGUCAGUAGCAUCUUUCUAUUGAAUUAAGUUUUUGACAAUUUUUAUAGAAGCAAGAGUGUCUAUCUCAAACAUAAUAUGUUCUGGUUUCACUCCAAACAACACUUCUUUGCUGUUAUCUUGCCCCCUGGUUGGUAUGGUGCUGGGAAUGUUCUGCAAAAUUUUUGCAGUCUUUGGCAAGCAAUUAAGUUCCUUUUCACCCCUGUGCUUGCUACAGUUCAGUAAAACAACAUUACUUUGGAGAUAUUGAAUUUAUUUUUACGAGAGUAAAAACAAUUUUUUUUCUAGGAAUUAAAAAUUUUUGUCAGCAGCAAAUUAUGCUCAUAACAAAUUUUAAAAAAAAAGGAUGUAGUAGCACUAUUUAAAGUCCUGCUCAUGUACUGCUGUGUAAGAUGUUGGCAAAGUUUUCUUCCAAUAACUCAUGUCACAGUUGCAUCAGAUAUGUUCUGUGUGUUAUAAUACUGUUUUUAAUGCGAGCGAAUUUUUCUGACAGGGUAUUGGGGAAACCAAUGGUAGGAGACCAACUAAUGCUGACCUAGCCGGAUUUUGGGAUAUGGUUAUGAUCCAGGUAUGUGCCAGUAAUGGCUACCACAUUUUUAAGAAUACAGUUGUAACAGUGUACAACUAUAUUCAUUGUUUGUUGUACAGAUAUAUAAAAAUUAGUGGAUAGUUUUAGCUUAGAAUCUUGUGAUUUAGUGAUCAUACAAAUUAAACAUUCCAUAUUACUUUUGCACAAUACCUUUCAGUAUAAAUUUACUGUGAAGUUCAAGUUAAUUUUAUAUUAGUUUUGGCAUUCAACCCUCAUAAAAAAAGUUGACAAAUUAUGAACCCCUCAGAUUCUUGGACUUAAGUGGAUCAGAACAUUAUUACCUAUAGUAGGGGAGACUUGGUGUGUCAGCUACAUGUAGAACGUUGUAAUUUUGGCUACCUCUUGUUAUUUCAUGGUGUGUUACACAUUUUAGCUAGUUCAAGGUUAAUACACUUUAUUCUUUUCUGAUGUGGUAGGUUGAUGACGUAAAUAACAUGUUUAGUAACAUUGACGAAUUACGCAAGAAUGGUUGGAUACAAACACAACAACCCAAAGAUGAGGUAUAUAUAAUAAGUAUUGUCUUUCACUCUUAAAAUAAUAAUUAUUCAAAUAUGUUUUGCCUUAUAAUCUGUCAAGUGAGGGUUUGAUUUUGUAAGGUUUGAAUUAAUAAGUUGAUUAAUUUUGACUUGAUUAACACAGACUGAUUCGUCAAAGAGAUCAUCGUUAACACGUCAGUCGUCACUCUCACGGCAGUCAUCACUGGGUAAAGGAUCAGUGAGACGGCAAAAAUCUAUUGAAGAAGUAAAGGCUACUGAAGCAGAGCAGAGAGCUGCAGCAAGACAGCGGUUGGCAGCGGCAAAACGAGCAGCAAGGCAAAGAAUGCAAAAGCAAAAAAAUCAAUUAGAUGAUGUGGAGAUAUUUUGUUCACCCAAAAAGUAAAAGCUCAAUUUCAAUAAUAUUGUCAGUACUAAGAAUAUAGUAAAUAACGUUUGUAGAAACAUAUUUAUGGAAGAAAUUUAAAUAACCUUGAAGUAAAUAGCUGAUAAUAGAUGAUGUCCAGUAUUAAGUUCAACUGUUAAGACAAAAUACUUGAAUGAUAUUGUCUCUAACUAGUCAAACAAAUUAUCAAAAACAAAUUGUGGGAAUUAUAGUUUUGGACGAGAUUUGUUACUGGCAAUAUGUGAAAUAAUGUCAGUCCCAAUUUCUUGAGGACGUGAAAGUGAUGUUAGUUAAUUGUAGAAUGGAACCUCAGCUAGACACCUCCAUAGUUUAUUGAUACCUUCACUGCAUGCAUUACAGUCACCUAUGCCUAGUCUGAAGUUGUUACUUAUGGCAGAUGGGUUCGACUGUACGUUUAUGAGGACGUUAAUUUUAUAAAUUAUUCUUUUUUUGUUUCCGUUUCCAUUUGUUUGUUUUUCUUUUCUACAAGUUUGAAUUUGAUGUCUCUGACCAGUGCUUUUGUGUAGAUUAAAUACAGCAAUUUUUACACAAUAUGGUACAAUAUGGAGGGUAUUAUAUGGCCAUAUGGACUUACCAAGUUUCUCUUUAAGUAUUGGUGCAAUAUUCCUCAACAUGAGGAGAGAAAUUCUGUAUUUCCAUGCAGCCAGGCAAUGUUCUACGAAUAUAUUUAAAACACCGAUGAAAUACCAAACAAUUUCACUUUAAUAUUUUUUGCUGUGAGAGGCACCAUUCAUUAUGUAACAGAAGCACCCGGGGUUAUAUGCUUCUGUUAUGUAACCAUAGCAACAAUGAUCUUUUCAUAGUGUGAAAAUAAAAUGUUAUUUAUCAUAUUUUUGUGCAAAAGCUCACCUACUACUUUCAUUGAUGUGUUUAUUAUAAUAAUCAUAGAUUUUUUCCUGUCUUCUUAAAUUAAAAAGUGCUGAAAUUUGAUGAGGACAUUCAAGUGCAGGGUUCUUACAAUAUAUUUGUAAAAAGUAAGAAAGUAUUGUAAAUAUUGUAGCAUAGGGCAACCUUUUUAGAUGUCAGGAGUGGUUUUCCAUUUAUUCAUUUAUAAUGCUGCUUGUAAAAAGGUCAUGAGAAAGAGUUGUGUUUAGGUCAAUAAUUUCGUGAGAUUUACCAUAAAUUGUUUGGAAAGAAAAAAGAAGUGAAUGUUUUAUUUAUUAUCUCAGCACUUUUUGGUUACAUGUUUUUAGUUAACCACCUACACAAUUGCCUUUGAAAAAUAAUGUAUCUUUGUGUAUAUUUUUCUCCAUUCAUGAAGUGUGUAUUUUUAGAAAAAAAUGUUAGCUUGUUUAGAGGUCUAAAAGGAGGAAACAACAUACUCAUUGUCGUGGUCUCACCAAAAUUUCGUGAAAAAAAAAUCUUCAACUAUUGUUCUUAACAUAUUUUCCUUUAGAGUGCUAACUUGGAGGAUUGUUACAAUAGUCCAAUAAGUCCCCAAAAUUCCAAACUUCAUGAAAUUUCCUACCGUGAAAGAUCAAUUCUAAUCAAGGGUGUUGGAUAUAAUAUAUUAAAUAAAUAACUACACACUACUUUUAAUGUUUGGUUUUUGUCGCAUAAAAAACAUCUAAUGGGAAAUCAGUGGAUAACCAAUACUAUUAUUAAUGUGCAUGCCUAUAAGCAAAGAGAAUUUUGUUACCAUAAUUGUCAUAUUCUGUUAGUUUUACUGUACUUCUAAUUUUAUGGUAACAAUAAUGGUAUCCCAUAGCUAGUCCAGGGGCGUAGCUAGGGGGGGUCCUGGGGUGCCCGUGAUCCCCCCUUGGCAGGCCUUCUUUUGAGAAAACAACCUACAAUAUUCAGGUGGCGAAAACGCCAUGACAAUAUCUUGGCUGUAAAAGCCAUUGUUGACAAGCCCACUUUUUUAAAAUUUGUUUUUUUGUAAAGUAUUUUCGUCAACGGCUCUUGUCUUUAGUUAAUGUGGGCCUUCAUGCCGCUGAUUCACAAGGGAGAGCCGCGGUAUAAACCAUAUAUAUA